AUUCAGAAUAACCAAAAUGCUUUAUAUCAAUGGUUUGAUUGUCACGAUGAAUGCUAAACGUGAAAUUAUCAAGGAUGGUGCUUUACUUGUGCAAGGCAAUCGUCUAGUUGAGGUUGGCAAGACGGUGGUUCUCAAGGAACAAUAUCCUGAUGAAGCUACUUAUGAUUUGGAAAACAAGAUGGUGAUUCCUGGUCUUAUCAAUACUCAUGUCCAUUUGGCACAAGCUUUACUCCGAGGUUCUGGAGAUGAUUGUGAAUUGAUUCAAUGGUUAUGUGAAACGGUGUGGGUACUUCAAGGUACCAUGACUGCUCAAGAAGCCUAUGGUAGUGCUCGUCUUUGUAUUGCUGAGAUGCUUAAAUCUGGUACCACUUGUUUUUUGGAAGCCAUGUGUGCGGAUAGGUACGGUUUUGAUGGAAUUGCAAAGGCUGUGGAAGAAUCUGGUAUUCGUGGCUGUUUGGGUAAAAUUGUCAUGGAUGUUGGCAAGUAUGCUUCUCAAUCGGCUUGGUCUAUGCAUCCUGGUCUUAUAGAAACUCGUGAACAGAGUCUUUUGGGAGCUCUUGAAAUGCAUAAGAAAUGGCAUGGCAAAGCAGAUGAUCGUAUUCAUGUCUGGUUCGGGUCCCGUACUCCUCCUGGUGUUAGUACUGAAUUACUCAAGGAAAUGACUGCAUUGAGUCGUGAACGUGAUAUCCGUAUUACUAUGCAUUGCGCUGAAGUCCAUGCUGAUUUGGUACACUAUCGGGACAACCAUGGAAUGACACCUUGUGAAUUCUGUGAACAUGUUGGUUUACUCAGUGAUAAGACGGUACUUGUUCAUAUGAUCUGGUUGGAUGAAAAGGAUUAUAAACUUUUGGCUGAUUCUGGAACUCAUGUGUCUCACAAUCCUUCUUCUAAUUCAAAAUUGGCUUCUGGUGUUGCUCCUAUUCCCAAGCUUUUGAAUGCAAAUGUCAAUGUUGGACUUGGUACAGAUGGUGGUCCAUCAUCUAAUGCUUAUGAUAUGGUACGUGAAAUGAAUUUGGCAGCCAAGAUUCAUAAAGCUGUCUCUUGUGAUCCUUUGACUAUGUCUGCCGAAACUGUUCUUGAAAUGGCUACUAUUAAUGGUGCAAAAGCUCUUGGACUUGAAAAUGAAAUUGGAUCUUUGGAAAAAGGCAAGAAAGCUGAUUUUGUUGUUUUGGACUUUGAAAGUAAACUUCAUACUACUCCCAAUCCCAAUCCCAUCUCGACUUUGGUAUAUACCGCUACUGGAGGAGAAGUGGAAACUGUAGUGGUGGAUGGUCGUAUGGUAGUUGAAAAAGGCAAGUUGCUGACUAUGGACGAACAACAAGUCAUGAAGGAUGCUCGUGAUUAUGCUGAUGCUAUGUACUCCCGUGCUGGUAUCAAGGGUCAUCCUAAAUGGCCUAUUGUUUAAAUCCAUCUUUUUUGGUCGUAGUGGUUGCAGGCAAACCCACUAUUGGUAACAAAAAAAAAACUGAUGUAGGGGGGAUGGAUGUACUGUUUUAUUAUGAUGUGUUUUUUUUUUUCUCUCUCUCUUUUUUUUUUAACAUGUUAGAUAGAUUAUUGUACCUUUGUAUAUGAUGGACUGGUCGAUCUGAUUAUGCGGAAAUGGUUGUUGCAGGGAACCCAUUUGUUUGUUUUUUUUAAAAAAAACAUCCUGUGUAGUAUAGUUUCUUUUUGACUUAAUAUAACUAUAUUUUGGUGGUAGCAGGUAACCCACCUUUUAUUCCUCUUUUAUAUAUAUAUAUUUAUAUUUAUAUUAGAAAAUCAAAACUGUAACAUAUCUUCAAUAAACUGUAUCAUUCAUCUCUAUUA